CCACGCAAGACUAGCGCCACAGUCAUCGUAUCUCGAACCUUGACUUCUACCUUCGCUCUCACCAGUCAGCAGACUAGCCAUCGUUAAGUGCGUCGCAAACUAAGCGGCCGGGGAAGUAACCAGCUUCAAUCGACAGGUCAAUACCCCACCGUAACAACGUCUAAACCGUUUGCCCGUCUGCCAUACACACCUGGGUUGGAAUUAGAUUGCGGAGGACACACGUUGCCGCAUGUCGACAGCAACAGAGCCCGGAUAGCGCGCGGCGCACCUCCUCCAGUCGACCAUGUCAUCCAACCUUUCCCCCGUGGGCAGCUCAACCUACUCCUCCAACACCCUUCAUGUCGGCGACGGUACUUGGGAUGACGGUCGCGAUGACUUCCUCCUGCCGCCGCUGGUUGGUCUCGACUUUGCUACGAUGCGGUACAACGGGAUGGGUAAUCGCUUCGCUGCCCUGCCCGAGUACCACCGCCUCAUCAUCGGACACGGGGUGCUCGCUGCUAUCACAUUCUUGGCUGUGAUACCUGCGGCAGUCUUCGUCGCCAAGUUCUACACAAACAACCCGCGCAUGGCUGUGAAGCUGCAUGUGUACCUGCAGAUCAUUACUGUAUUCUUAACGACGGUGAUAAUAAUACUGGGCUGGAUGGCAGUGGGACCGGAAAGAGCAUUGACAAAUCCACACCACGGAAUCGGCAUUGCACUCUACGUUUUGAUCCUAUUCCAGUUUCUGUUCGGUUGGAUCAUGGCACGGAUUGAAAGCAGAAGACGAAAUCCGGAAAGGUUGAUCAGGACGCCGACGAAGGUAUGGAUACACAAGCUGAUGGGACGAUCAAUCGCAUUGCUGGGCAUCGUCCAAAUUGCGCUCGGUCUGACGCUGUAUGGGAGUCCUAAGGUGUUGUUCGUGCUGUAUGCACUGGCAGGAGCUCUGCUGCUCUUCCUGUACCUUGCACUCGACCGCGUGUAUUUCGAGAAGCGCCAGUUAAUGUUCGGCAUUGGCGGCGGGCAACCCGAGUUCUACUCGGACUAUGGCAGCUACCUUUCGGGGUCACGCGUGGAUAGCAGACCGCCUCCACCUGGUGCGCCACCAAUGCGAGAACGGAGAGACAGGAACCAUUGGGGUAGAGAUGCGCUUGCCGGAGUCGGUGCGCUUGGAGCGUACGAAUGGUGGCGGAACAGGCAGGAUCGGCGGCGAGGAGAUCGGGAGCAGGAGUCGUACGACGCUGACGAGGAGAUGAGACGGCGAGAAGAGCGUGAGCAGGCGGAGCUGGAUGCAGAACGAAGAGCGCGACCACCACCAGGUGCUGCAGCAUCUACGGCACUAUCUUCGAGACCCUCAAGCCGUCCGCCACCAGGAGUCAGCUAUGGAGCUGGUGGCGUGCCAAGUGGACCAGCGGGUUUUGGACCGCCUCCACCGGGUCCGCGAACACCGAGCCGUGUUCGCCGGACGGAGGAAGAGCGGUUUAGUCCUGAGUCAUGGGAGGAUGAGAAGUACGAACAGCGCCCUGCGCGAAACUCAUGGCGAGACAGACUGCUCGGUGCUGGCGCCGGAAUUGGCGCUUUUGAAGGCGCGAGACGGUUGUUCAACCGACGGCGGGAUCGAGAAGACGACUACAUCGAAGAUGACAGGAGGUACAGACCAGCUCUAGGUGGCAACCAGAAUAUGGUCAACCAAACAGACGUCUCGCGGGUCGAGGCUGGCCAGACGCCUCUGUCGCCGAACGACCCAAGGAGAGCUGGAGGAGAGCGUAUGAAUGUUGCGGGCGUGCAGCCUAUGACGCCUACUGCGACGCCAUUACGGCCGCGACACGGACAGCGGCCAAGCGCUGAGACGAUGUCGUACGAUGACGAGGAGAGCAUGAUGGAUCAGGGAAGGCAACGUCUGUCGACUCACCAUGAGGGUGACAACCACACACUCCGCAACAGCAUUGCUACUCUUGGCACUAUUGCAGGUUUCCGAGAGUGGAAUAAGCAUCGCCGGGAACGACGCGAGCGACAACGGCUCGACCGUAUUCGGCAGCAGGAGCUUGACGACGAGACGGAGAUGUACAACCGACGCAACUCCGCGAACUAUCCCACCGCGCAUGAUGCUGGAGGGCGGCGACCGAGCGACGGCACGCUUUUGACUGGAGCUUCUGGACCUGUAGAUCCAGGCUUCGGUGGUAGCAACCCUGAGCUGUCGAGAAGGCGCUUCGAAGAGGUUGACACAUCACACCCGCCUUUGCCAGCUUCUGCGGGUGCUGUACCCAGUCCGAUGCUCAACCAGCAGCGUGUGAACGAACCGCCACUCCAGCACUUCCCACCUCCUCCACCAGGCCCACCACCAGGCGGCAUAAGACCGACAGACUAUCACGCGCCUGACCCAGGCACGUUGCAGAUGCCACAGGGUGCCGUAAACCCAGACCCAUCAAGGCUAGUCUCUACGGAGAACGUGGUACAGCAGGCUUCCUCAAGCCACCCUAUCCACGACGUGUCCGCUGGCGCACUUUUCGGCGCCGCAGCUGCAGACGUCGCGAGUGGUCGAAGGCGAGACUCACAAUCUCAAUCACCAUCACGGUACGGUCCGAGGCAACAGUCUCGCACGCGAUUCGCAGACCAGCCUCAGCGCCAAGGGACGACUGCUUCCGGCUCCGCACCGGAAAUAUUGACAGAUCUUCCCGCAGCUUCCGACGCGCCUGGCAGCCCACCCGUUAGCGUCAAGGUUAAGAUGCACGGCGAUGGUCGCCACGUAACUCUCCGCCGUCUUAAUGAAGAGGAAGCGGCCGCCGAACGCGCUGCCCGACGGUCAGAGCGACGGCAGCGAAGAAGAAGGAGCAGCGAAGUCUCGUCAGGUGGGCUCGAAGACGAAGCACCACCUGGCUCAAACGCUCGUUAUCGCCGAAACGGCGGGAGUAGCAUUGCUCGCCGACGCUCAAGCGCAGAUCAGCCCAUAACGAACGUCCCGCCUCCGCCGCCAAUGUCCUCUACCUCACAUGUAGGAUCCCAUCGGCCACCCUCGGAGCUGAACUUACCGUCGCCACCAAUAGCAGGGCAGGGUCUAAGUCCGCCGGGUGCGAUGCCGGCGGGAAGCGGGAUGACGAGUCCCGGCGAUGGCACCGGAACGGAUGUCAGUGCGUUUGCCGACAAUAGAAGGAGGAGGAGGGCAGAGAGGGCGAGGAGAUUGGAGGCUGCGAGAGGUGCCGGUGCUGGGCAAAGUAGGGUCGACUUUACGUAAAGCUAUGGGUGUACAUGAAUGCAGGUUGGUAGAUUUGGGAAUGGCGUUCUGGAGCAUCGAAGCAUCAGCGUGCAGUCUUGGAAGGCAUGGAGGGGAUACAGGGACAUACUGUUCACACAUGCCGGAAGGUUUACGAUGAAACGCAGCGCUUUGUAGCAUUUUUUUACGGAAUCACUGAUGUUUCCACUCCGCUGCUUAGUCGGUUAUGCGUUGCUUUGACAUGCAGUGCAUUCCACAGCCAUGAUGUGUGCCGAAGCACUUGGGAUGGCCUC